AGACAUAACAUAAACGGACCGACCCUUGGGCUAUGUACGGGAUCUUUGCCACUUCGCUUAACUGAACCGGAAUCAACAAAUUUCCCCAAUUGGCAAGCCCUAGAUUUCUGUCUCCGAGAAAAUCAUGGAACCAGAACUCCAGUCCAAAAUCGAAGAAACAGUGCUGCAGAUCCUCAAGUCUUCCAACAUGGACGAGACCACCGAAUACAAGAUCCGGCAAGCCGCCUCCGAGCAGCUCGGCGUCGACCUCUCCCCGCCGGACCGGAAGCGGUUCGUCAGGACAGUCGUCGAGUCUUACCUCUCCGAACAGAAGCCCGAACCGGACGUGAACGAAGCUAGAAACGACGCCGUCGAAGGGGAGGAGGAGGAAGGAGAAGGUGACGAUGAUGAUGAUGGAGGACAUGGGAAGAGGAAGAGAGGCGGCGGUGCUAAAGAGUACGAUGAUAACGGCGAUCUCAUCAUUUGCAAGCUGUCUGGGAGGAGAAGGGUGACAAUUCAGGAUUUCAAAGGGAAAACUUUGGUGUCUAUCAGGGAGUUCUAUAGUAAAGAUGGCAAAGACCUUCCUUCUUCAAAAGGAAUAAGCUUGACAACUGAGCAAUGGUCAUCCUUCAAGAAGAAUGUACCUGCUAUAGAGAAGGCCAUAAGGAAGAUGGAGUCAAGGUUGAAUUGAUCGUCCUGUUGAUAUCGAAAACCGUUGCAGGUUUUGUACUUGUUAAUGGCAAAAAAUUGUGGUGAUAAUCUUCCCAAGUCUUAGGAGUAGUAGUAUGUCUUUCUACGGAGCCCUUUUUCGGGCUGAUGUGGACCUUAUGGUUGGUAAAACAAUGCUCUUCAAUUGUACAACUGGUUCAUGGUUCUUGUGAUCUCUUUUGUAACCAUUGGGUUUGUUUUGCUUCCAGUUUCUGUGUAAUCUUCUUCAAAAAAUGUCUUCUUAAUUGGGGAUAAA